CCCAUCUUAUAUAAAGCGUUGGUUUUAAUCGACUUAUUGUUAGGGUUUUGUAUAGGGUUCUAAGUCAAGAAAUCUUAACCCAAAAAUUUCCAUGGAUCCUUCAGCUUUAAAGUCUGCCGAAUUGGAGCAACUUCUCAAUCAAGAGAAGGAAAGGGCCAUGGUCAAUGAAGUAGUUGCAAAGCUUACAAGUUCCUGCUGGGACAAAUGCGUCACUGGUACUCCUGGAAGCAAGUUCAGUUCCAGCGAAUCUAAUUGUUUAAGUUAUUGUGCACAACGCUACAUGGAGCUGAGCAUGGUCAUAAUGAAACGAUUCCAGAGCAUGCACUGAAGGAAGAUUGGCCUUAUAAAAUGGAUACAAUGAUCUUUUUGAUUCCUCAAAGAAAUUUGAAAGAAACAUGUAGUUAAUUUUUCUUGUUGCUCAAUACAGUUCCUGUGGUGUUACUGAUGUCAUAAAUUACUAAAUGCAGAGAUAUGCUCUUAUUUUUACUCA